GAUGGCUUUAAGUGAGGGGAGAAGGAAAGAGAAAACGUCCUGAAGAAAGGAGACUGAAGUGAAAGAGCGUGUGGAGAGCUGGGCUGCACCGGGAAGACAACCAGCGCUUCAAAACAAAGGACAGCUUCUCCGCUUCUGCGCCUGCAAGAUCUCUCCACUUUGGCUCCCUGUGUGCUUUUCAGACGAUACCAUGGCUGAGGGAAGCUGCUUCGGUGCGUUGUAGCUGUUUGGGAUGACCAGAGCCGAUCCUUGCCUCAAAGAAGAAGAAGAAGAAGAAGAAGAAGAAGAAGAAGAAGAAGAAGAAGAAGAAGAAGAAGAAGAAGAAGAAGCAAAGAAUACUAAAUUAAUUGUGAGAGGAGGAACACAUCUGCUCAGAGAGGAUAAGAUCGAAACAGGGAAUCUAUUGGACCUUUCCCUUUGUAAGGAAAGGAACUUAAACUCUCCAGUAUCAGAACUCUGUCAAUUUAAAGGGCUUCAAUAAUUUUUAUUUUUUGUCUUUGGUUGUUACCAUCUCAGAAAGAGUUAACGCCAUGUGCCAUGUUAUUGUAACAUGCCGCUCCAUGCUCUGGACGCUGCUCAGUAUUGUAGUGGCCUUUACAGAGCUCAUUGCCUUCAUGAGCCCCGAUUGGCUCCUGGGAUUCCCUCGGUCGGACUCCAGUGCGAGCAGGCCGGGCGUGCACUCCGGGGAGUACCGGCCGUCUCUCGGCCUCUACAGCCGCUGCCUUCGUGCCGGGUCCCGGGGAGUAGGGGUGAGCUGCGGGCCCUACGCUGGGACAUUUGGAGAAGUGGCCAGCGGCUUCUGGCAGGCUGCCAUGUUGUUUCUGGCAGCAGGGAUGUUAGUGCUCGGAGGAGUGGCCUGUAUCUCCAUCUUCAGCCUGUGCUUCCAGAGCAUCCUGAAGAAGAGCAUAUUCAACAUAUGUGGACUGCUCCAGGCCAUCGCAGGCCUGUUGUUGAUGGUGGGCCUCAUGCUGUACCCUGCCGGUUGGGGAUCAGAGAAGGUGAUCGGCUACUGCGGCCCAGAGGCCUUGCCCUUUAGGCCGUCUCUGUGCUCUCUCGGCUGGGCGUUCUACGCAGCGAUAGGAGGAACGCUGGGAUCCUUCCUGUGUGCUGUUUUGUCCGCACAGGCUGAGAUUGCCACCUCCAGCGAUAAGGUUCAGGAGGAGAUUGAAGAGGGGAAGAGUCUGAUUUGCCUGCUCUGAGCCUUCAGAAACCUGGUGAAACUCCAGGAAAUCCUCCUUGGUGUCAUUUCUCUUAUUUGGACACUUGUAGAUCUCAGUGGAGGGAGGACAGACAUUUCUCUGAGGGAUUUUCUUCAUGGUAGCCUGGAUAAAAUCAAAAAAUAGAAGCCUUGGUAACAAAAAUUGUUAGGAUUUGAAACAUGCUGAAGCUGAUGAUACCAAGACAAAAGGAAAAAGUAUUAUUCCCCUCUACAGCUUCAGGUCAAACUGCCAAAAAAGCUGUGGUACAGCAGCAGACUAAGGAACAUCACCUGUAGACUAAUUCAAUGUUUUUGACCAAGAUACUGUUUAUUUUUGUAAUAAUUCUUGCCAUAAACAAACCACUGUACUGGAAUAGCAAUAUUAAGAAAUUGGUAGUGAAUGAGUCAUUAGCAUUGAUGUGGACAAGUUAAAUAGUGCCAGUCAGUGUGUAGGUGUGUAACGUCAGUAUAAUGUUCAUUCACACGGUUCACCUGCAAAACUCAACAAACCACUGAAUACUAGCAGAUGUGUCCGCUAAAACUUCCAACAACCGCUUGUGUGUGUGUGUGUGUGUGUGUGUGUGUGUGUGUGUGUGUGUGUGUGUGUGUGUGUGUAUCUGUGUGCGUGUGUGUGUGUGUGUGUGUGUCAGACAUGACAUGUUGAGGUUUCUAAAUGUCCAUAUGUUCUGAUUGUAUGGCACAGCAGGACAGUAAGACUCUCUAGCUAACUUUCCAUGUGUUCACUUUAAAGGGGGUUUCCCUGUUAAAUGGAUUGUUUGUGGGUCUCUUGCAGCUUAUUAACUGGCAGAGUGUGUGAACUGAACAGAAACUCGCCAUAUGUUUCAGUGUGGUGGACUUUCAUAAGGGGAUGUUUGCUCACAGCGAGAUAAAUCAGGCUGCACCAGAGCUUAUCAUGGGUUACCUUAUGACAAACCACGCAGACAAGAUGUGGCUUUGUAAAGAUGUCUAAGAAGUGGGUAAAUAUUCCAAAAGCCUUUGUUGAGCUUUUGCUAGAUGAAUGCAAAAUGAGUCUUAAGUUUUGCUGCGACUAAGGCAGCCCUCUUUGUUUGUUUGGUACUUUUGGAGAUACAAUAUUGUGUUUUGCACUUGGUCCUUAAUUCAUUACACAUUGCUUCAUAUUUUCCCAACCGUGCUUCAUUAUGUUGCUGUUAAUGUAACAUCAUGUGAUCGCUUUUGUUCGUUGUAGAUGAGAUGUGCAAUAAUUCAACUAUAGUGUGUUUGCUGUGAAAGUGAGUGGACUGAGAGACAUUUCUAGUCUGAUUGUGCUUAAAUUAAUAUGUUGACUGUCCUGUUUUUGUUACAUUAACAAAAGAGUAACAGCAACCGUGGCACAUUGUAUGAUGCUGCAUGUAUGAGAGGUUGAUAUGUGUGAGAGAUGCAGUCUGUACUUUGUGCUUAAAUAAACCAGGCCUUCUUUAGUAAUUCUA